UAUUCUAGACAGACACCCAAGAUGAAGACUGUUCUUACUAUUUGCAUUCUCUUUGCUUCCAUUCUCUUCUCUUCUGUUAUCGCUCGAGAAUUGGCUCAGAGUGGUACUGACCAAACUGGGAAUCACAACAAUCCGGCAGUAACACAGCCAGGUACUGGUGAACCGAAUGACCCCAAAAGUCCAAUAAUCAAGUGUGAUCCAAGCAGCCCAACUUACAAAAGUUGCGUAGCGCAACAACCGAAGGUCAAGUGUAAUCCUAAGGGCCUCUACAAUCGUUGCGAAGGUACAGGUACUAGUCCAACCGGGAAGAAUCACAACAAUCCAUCAGUGAAUCCACCUGCAGUAAAACCAGGCCAUGCAGGUACUGGAGGUACCGGGAAUCGCAACAAUAAUCCAACUAACCCGGCGUGUGAUCCCAAGAGUUCAAAUUACGCUAGUUGCGUAUCCAUCUCGAAGCCCAAGCCCAAGUGUGAUCCUAGAAGCGCCUACCAUCAUUGCCCAUGAAUGAUGACUAUAUAUAUAUAUAUAUAUAUAUAUUAAUUAACUCAUAAUGUUGUGUAAUCAAAGUAUGGAUUAAAUAGUAGUGGGAUGCUUGUUAGUUGUUAAUUGCCACGUCAGCCGACAGGGACGUACGGUUGAUCUAUAAUAAUGGCCUGUAUUAACAUGUUAACUAUGUAGUUUGCUAUAUAUGCAUAUGAUGUGUAUGAAUAAAAAGAGCUCACUUUGCUCGGUUUGUUUUCUUA